GAGGACGAGGAGGAAAUAGAACUGUUGGAAGAGGAGGAAAUGGAACUGUUGGAUGUGGAGGAUAUAGAACUGAUGGGGGAGGAGGGAAAAGAACAUUUGGAUGAGGAGGAAGGAGAAGAGGAAGAGGAAGAGGGAGAGGAUGAGGAAGAGGAAGAUGAAGUGGAAGAGGAAGAGGAGGAUGAUGAUGAAGAUGAUGAAAAUCAUGAUGAUGAGGGUGAGGGAGAAAUGGAACCGGAGGGGGAAAUGGAACCGGAGAUGGAGGACGAACUGGAAUCGGAGGUGGAGGAGGAAGUUUACUACGUGCCCUACAGGUUGGUGUUAUAUGUAAAGAAAAUCAGAAUACCUUAUGGACCCUUUUGAUUCUGCCAGACGUUAUAUCGCCAGAUGUUAUAACACAGGUUCUUCAAGCAACCUAGAACCGGAAGUAGUUAUUCUUAUAGAUGAUAUAGAAGCUGGACAAAAUGAGGUGGACCAUCCAUCAACAUCAUCCCACAACAGUGGGCCUCCAUGAAGUAAGUCGACAAGUAAGGAUGAAAUGAGUCAGUCAUCCUUUCAAAAUGAAACAGAAGUAUUCGAAAUCUUAGUACAGAAUGUACUUCGUGUUGUUGUCUUAACCAAUGAAAUUGUCAUGAGUAAUGUUUUGCUUCUUUUAUUAUCUUAUAGCUAAUACCUUAUUUUGUGAGAUUAA